GUACUCCUUAGACAAAUUAGUAGACCGAUAGCUAUUGCAAUCACGUCUGAAGCAAAAAAAUCGCCGAUUUUCAAAAGGUAUAUCUGUUUACCUCCCGCCAAAGCAUACAAUUGGUUAGAACUGAAAUCUAAAAUGUGGAUGCUGGCUUUAGGUAAAGCUAUUACUAUACCAGUACUUAAUGAACAGAAAAUGAUAGAACUAGGGGCGAGUUUGCUGGGAGAAUUAAUCGUUUUCUCUAUUGGGGCUGGAGUAGUUAUCAAUGAAUUAUACAAGGCCUCCCAAAAAGAAGCGAAAAAAGAAGCGGGAAGAAGACAGGAAAUUAAUCAAUUUAAAACUGAACUGGAAGAUCUGUACGUACAAGUGCAGGAGCAACAAGCUUUAAUACAGAAAAUAAUACGGUUACAAGGCAACAACGGCGGCGAAGGCGGGGUUUCAAAACGCAUGGAAGAUGAAGUUUUGGUGCAAACUAUGAAAUUGGAAACUGCGAUAUCUACAUUCUUGAAACGGUUAUUAUUUAAGUAAUAUGAAAUGAAGUCAAUUAAGUCGUGCGUUUUGGGUUGUGAAUCAUCUUCCUCUCAGCUUCGGGCGACAACAGACUAGGACAGUGGACAAAGCUGUUCACACGUACUUAAGCCUAGUUCACAUGACAUCCGAUGUCCGAAGUCCGACCAUCCGAAAGUGUUCCUAUUGGCUGAAAAUUUUAAAAAUGUUGAUGGAUUUAACUUCUCCGACGAUCGUUUGACAUUUUUAAAAUUUUCAACCAAUAGGAACACUA